GCCAUGACAACCAGCCAAGACAACCUCUUCCCACGCACGAUCAGCCUCAGGAGACAUGAAGUAGGGGAGCUCGGGGGAGUGCGCGAGAGCGACCUGCCGGGCUGCGCACGCCACUCAGCGCACGCGACCACACAGCUCACUCUCAAGUCUCGCGAUCUCUUUGAGAUGAUAGAGAAGAUGCAGGGCAACAGGAUAGAUGACCAAAGGUGCCCCAUGCCCAAGCCCAGGUCGGAGGAUGACUACAUCCCCUACCCCAGCGUCCUCGAGGUGCUACAGCGGGAGCCCCCCUACCCGUCCGUGAUACUUCCCCAAUUCGGGGGCUACUGGAUCGAGGGGGCGGAGCGGCGGGGGAGCCACAUCCCCGAGGGGGAGGGGCCGCCCGCCACCCCCGCCCCCUCGCCGGACUCCGCCCCCUCCCCCGUGGACCCCCUCGCCAUCGAGAGCCACCGCACGGCCCACCUCUACCGGCAGCACUUCCUCGGGCAGGAGCACUUCAACUACUACGCUGUGGACCCCGCGCUGGGCAUCAUCAUCUUCUCCGUAAAGCAUGAGGUCGUGUCGGAGCAGGAGCAUCUCCGCAUGAUCCUCCGGACGAAGGCGAGGACCUGCUACGACCUCAUCCCCAUCUCGUGCCUCACCGAGUUCCCCAACGUCAUCCAGAUGGCGAAGCUCGUCUGUGAAGACGUCACCGUCGAUAGGUUUUCCCCGAUUUUGUACCCGAAGGCGUCUAAGCUCAUCGUGACCUACGAUGAGCACGUGCUCUCCAACAACUUCAAGUUCGGAGUCAUCUACCAAAAGUUCGGUCAGACGUCGGAGGAGGAGGUGUUUGGGAACAACGAGGAGAGCGCCGCCUUCGUCCAGUUCCUGGAGCUCCUCGGCGACACCGUGCAGCUGCAGGACUUCAAGGGGUUCCGUGGCGGUCUGGACGUGACGCACGGCCAGACGGGCGUUGAGUCGGUGUUCACGACGUUCCACGGCCGCGAGAUCAUGCUGCAUGUCUCCACCAAGCUGCCCUACACCGAGGGCGACGCGCAGCAGCUGCAGCGCAAGCGCCACAUCGGCAACGACAUCGUGGCGGUGGUGUUCCAGGAGGAGAACACGCCCUUCGUGCCCGACAUGGUGGCCUCCAACUUCCUGCACGCCUAUGCCGUGGUGCAGGUGGAGGAGCCCUGCAGCAGCAACACCGCCUACAAGUUGUCCAUCACGGCGCGGGACGACGUGCCGGAGUUCAAGCCCCCUCUGCCCAACCCGCCCGUCUUCAAAAAGGGGGAGGAAUUUCGCGAGUUCCUGCUCACCAAACUCAUCAACGCCGAGCACGCCUGCUAUCGCGCCGACAAGUUCGCCAAACUCGAGGAGCGCACGCGCGCGGCGCUGCUGGAGACGCUGCACGAGGAGCUGGCGCGCCGCAGCCAGGCCGUGCUGGGCCUGUCCGGGGGCCCCGGGGACGAGGACCGCGCCGAGAACGGCGCCGGCGGUGGCGGCGUUGGCACCGGCGCCGGCGGUGGCGGCGGCGGCGGUGGCGGCGGCGGCUUUCUCGAGUCCUUCAAGCGAGUGAUCCGCGGGCGAAGCCAGUCGAUGGACGCCAUGGGGGCGGCGGUGAAGAAGCAGAACGCGGCGGGGGGGGCCGGUGGCGGCGUAGCCCCCCCCGGCGGCGCGGCCACCCUGGCCUCGUCCUCCAGCCACGGGGCGCCGCUCAUCAGCCACAGCGUGAGCGACGGCAGCGCCAGGGCCGCCGGGAUCUCGUUGCUCGUUCCAGGGAAGAGCCCCGCAAAGCACGGACGCAGAGGCAGCGCCAUUGGCAUAGGCACCAUAGAGGAGGCGUUGAUCAUCCCCAACAAGAGUCCCGUGCGCAGGAAGUCGAGUCCGUUUGGCGCUCGCAGGAGCAGCGCCAUCGGCAUCGAGAACAUCCAGGAGGGGCCCGAGAUCCGCGAGGGCUCGCUGAGCUUGCACAAGGCUGCGGAGAGCGAGCGCACCUUCCCGGAGCCUCGCUCCGACCACUCGAGCCAAAGCUCGCCCGAGAUGCCCACCGCCAAGUACGGAUAG